UUUUUUUUCCGUUCUGUGUGAUUCUCCCCAGAUCAUCCAAGUCCAUUUCAUUGACAGUCAAGCCAACCGAAAUUUUAGUGACGUCGUAAAUUUGCGAGAUUCUGAUAAUUUGACUUAAUUUCUUAGACAUUUGAAAUAUUUUAUCAUUUUCAUUUGUUAAGUCAUUUAUUUAUUUAGUGGUUCAUUGAAGUUAAUAAAAAUUUUGCUUCACUUUCAUUUCUCCAUUCCUUUAUUGGACUUGAUUUAUUUGAAAAAUUUUGUAUUCUAUAUCAUACUCAUACUCACACUCACAUAUUAAUAAUAACUGCAUAAUAGAAUUAACUUUCUUUCAUAUAUAAAUUUUUAAAAAUUUUACUAACAGCAUGUCUAAAAUAGAAAUCGUAACUGAAAAUGUCAAUAAUGGACAUACUGAUGAAAUUCAAACAAUUCAAUAUACUCAAUCUCAAAUGGUUGGUCAUGGAUCUUUUGGAGUAGUAUUUCAAACUCAAAUUUUACCAACCAAUGAAAUUGCAGCUAUGAAAAGAGUUCUUCAAGAUAAAAGAUUUAAAAAUCGUGAAUUACAAAUUAUGAAAUUAGUUCAUCAUCGAAACAUUGCUGAUUUAAAGUAUUAUUUUUAUACAAAUAAUGAAAAAAAUGAAUUAUAUUUAAAUUUAAUUUUAGAAUUUGUACCAGAAACACUUUAUAAAGCUAGUCAUUAUUAUGUAUCAAAACGAUUAUCAAUGCCACCUUUGGAAGUAAAAUUAUAUACUUAUCAAAUGUUUAGAGCUUUAAAUUAUAUUCAUUCUCAAGGAAUUUGUCAUCGUGAUAUAAAACCUCAAAAUUUAUUAAUAAAUCCAGAAACUGGUGAAUUAAAAUUAUGUGAUUUUGGUUCUGCAAAAAUAUUAAAUCCUGAUGAACCAAAUGUUUCAUAUAUUUGUUCAAGAUAUUAUCGUGCUCCAGAAUUAAUCUUUGGAGCAACAAAUUAUACAACAAAAAUUGAUGUAUGGUCAGCUGGUUGUGUAAUGGCAGAAUUAAUUUUAGGUCAACCAUUAUUCCCUGGAGAAUCAGGAAUUGAUCAAUUAGUUGAAAUUAUAAAAAUUUUAGGUACACCAUCAAAAGAUCAAAUUAGAAAUAUGAAUCCAAAUUAUAUGGAACAUAGAUUUCCUCAAAUUAAACCAAUACCUUUACAAAAGAUAUUUAAGAAAAUGUCACCCGAUUGUAUUCAAUUUUUAACUCAAGUUUUACAAUAUUCACCAAUUGAUAGAAUUUCUUGCAUUCAAGCAUUAAUUGAUCCUUAUUUUGAUGAAUUAAGGAAUCCUCAAGUUACAUUACCUAAUUUUAGAAAAAUCUUUAGUCAACAAUUCCAUCAUAAUUCUACUUCGUCAAGUUCAACUAUUUCUAAUAAUGCUAAUUAUCAAAUUUAUUCUAAUCAACCUGAUUUAAGAAAUUUACCACCUUUAUUUGAUUUUAAUGAACGUGAAUUAUCAGUAGCUCCACAACUAAAUCAAAAAUUAAUACCAAAUUGGUAUAAUUUAUCAGAUUUAGAUUUAGUACAACCAAUAUCUUCACUUGAUCAAUUUGUACCCUUAAAUCCUGAACAAAUGAAGGUAACUUUAGAGUAAAUUUAGCUAAUUUAGCAUUAAUUCUUCAUAGACAAUGUCUCAUAGUCAACCUUUCCUUACGCUUUUAUGCAAUUUUAAUCAUGAUACUAUAGAAAGUAUAUAAUAUUUCUUUAUUUAUGUCACGUUAUCAAACUUAAUAUA